CAGUUCAGUCGCCAUAUUUGAUUGAUUAGUUGUUAAAAGUGCCGGAGGGAAUGAUUGCUGAAAACUGUUGAAAAUAUCGUUUAGUUUCCGUUUUAAUUACUUCCUAAAUAACUAUAAUGUCUGGAGGAAGUGGUGGCAAUAGAAAUGAGUGCAGAAUUUACGUUGGUAAUUUGCCCCCAGACAUCAGAACAAAGGACAUCCAAGACUUGUUUUACAAAUUUGGUAAAGUUACUUUCGUCGACCUGAAGAAUAGGAAAGGCCCUCCAUUUGCUUUCGUCGAAUUUGAGGAUCCUAGGGACGCGGACGACGCGGUGCGCGCGCGGGACGGCUACGACUACGACGGGUACCGGCUGCGCGUGGAGUUCCCGCGCGGCGGCGGCGGCGGCGGCGCGCGCGGCCGCGGCGGCGCCGAGCGCUUCGGCAACCGCGCCGCCACGCGCGGCCCGCCCGCGCGCCGCUCCGAGUUCCGGGUGCUCGUCACGGGCCUGCCGCCAUCCGGCUCGUGGCAAGACCUGAAGGACCACAUGCGGGAGGCGGGAGACGUGUGCUUCGCGGACACCUUCAAGGACGGCACCGGCGUGGUGGAGUUCCUCCGGCACGAGGACAUGAAGUACGCCGUCAAGAAGCUGGACGAUUCCAGGUUCAGGAGUCAUGAGGGUGAAGUUUCAUACAUCCGCGUGAAGGAAGACUACGGCGGCGGCGGCGGCGGUGGCGACAGCUCGCGGCGCUCGCGCUCGUACUCGCCGCGGCGGCGCGGCUCGCCCACGUACUCGCCCGUGCGCCGCUCGUACUCGCGCGAGCGCUCGCGCUCCCGCGACCGCGACCACAACUACUGAGCGGUGCGUAUGCUGUACACGAUGUAGUAGCGACGGGUGAGCACUCGCGGCGAGGCGCGGCGGCGGCGGCGGCGACACAUCAUCAUGCUAGAUAUUAAGUUGUAGACAGCGAUUCCAAUCAUAACGACCGACUUUUACUCGAUUAUAUCACUUUUUACAACCCAAAUGAGACAUUCGGAGGUAGUGAGAUACACUAAUCAAACGAUUUUGAACGAAUUUGAUUUUGUGUUGAUAUGAAUAUUUAUUAUUUAAUUUUAAUCAUCACGAGACAAUGUAUUCUUAAAGAGUUACUGCAAAAAUAGAUCAGUUUCAAAUCAAUUUUAUUAUUAUCCAUUAAUUGACAAAACACUAUCCCAUUCCAUGUAUGAAUAAACAGAUAAUCGAUCGAUUAGUGUAGCACCUCCCUAAGAAAUGACAAUUGACAUUGACAGCUCCAUUCUAACGUCUAUUGAAGAUAUAAAUCGAUAAUGGAUCUUAUGAUACACACGGACCUAUGAUACAGUCAUUUUUCAAAAUCUUCGUUUUGUUGAACAAUGAAGUCAUAACUUUAAAAAGACAAGUGUGAAGUAAUAAUGGAUCAAUUAGUGUGGGUACAUAUCUAAGAUAUUAAUAAAUAUAUAAGAUUUAUUGCCUCCAUACCAUAUCAGGUACAAAAAGUAUCUUUGACUGAGAAUGUAAAUUUUGAAAUACCAAUAUUACAAAUUUAAGAAGUUGUCGUUAUGAGUCGAAUAGAGAGGUCUAGUGAUUGGUCAACUGUAUUUCCAAAAAUCUAAAAUAAUUCAGUGUAACUGUUACACUCUCAAAUGAUACUUUGUAAUGCAUUGCAAUGAUCGUGUUCUUUUGUUAAUCUUGUACAGACCUGUCACUAGAAAAGUCGCUCCGAGGGAUACAACGGUGAAUAAAUAUUUACUCACCGUUAUUACUUUAUUACUCUUAUAUUUCUCUCUACCGUUAUUAAUUUGUACGUCCAAUUUAUCCUACUUCAGUUUCUUGUGCCUACACUUGUGUAUCAUUCACGGAAUACCCUCUGAGCGACUGAAGCGCCCUCUAUAAUUGUAACAUUUUCUUGGAUAACUAUUACGUUAUGAUUAAAAAAGUUUUCUUUUGUUUCAUCCACUGUGGAUUGGGCUCGUUGGAUGUGCUUGGCUGGAGGUGUGAGUCAGGAUGGCGUAGGAUCGGAUCGCGUGUAGGAUCGCAGUAGGACGCACGGACGGAUCUGGGAUGUUGGACACGGAUCGGGAUUUCGGAUCGUACCUAUGGAUUCUAUCCAGCACGGACGGAGGACCUCUCGCGUUUAAGGAUUUUGUCUUUUUUCUGGAUUCGGACAGGACUCCCGAAGGAUCACGGAUCUUUGGGUAUGAUUUUGAAAUUUUUGCAAAUAACUUAUGUUGAGUGCACGCUCGGUUCUGAGUAAUGUUUGGAUCCUUAACUCACACUUUGUUUGCUUCUCGAUGUCUUCUUAUGUAGGAAGGUGUUUACUGAAUGUCACCUCACUCUGACCUGACGGUGGUAUUAUCAAGGUUUCAUAAUUUGCUAAAAGAAAGAAAGAAAGAAAAGAACACAAAUAUACUAGAAAAUGCAAUUGCUAAAUACAAUCCAGUAGACAGAAUUAACAAAUUGGCAUUGAUGUAAAUAUUCUCCUUAGGAAAGUGAACAUGUGUUACCUAAUUCCACUUCUUAUAUACUUACUUGAGUAAUAUUAAUUGUAAUCAACUCUUAUAUAUAUAAACAUGCAAAGCGCAAACAAAAAAAAAAAAGAACUUGAUAAUCCACCCACAAAAUGCUAUUUUUUGAAGCAACUAGUGAUUUUCAUACAAAGUUGAAUGAAAAUCUAUAAUUAAACGCGACUAAUUAAAAAAUAGUCCCAUUGGUCACCGUGAACC